GGCUAGAAUUUAAAAAUAAAGACUGUACUCUGAGAUUUAAAAAAUCAACAUACACUUGAUGAGCAGAAAUAUACAGAGUAUCUUAAAGGUAAAUGACAGCUCCUGGUCUGCAAGUUUUGACCUUUUUUUUACGUUAAUGAAAUUCAGCAAACGACUUCUUUUGAUAAUAGGGUAAAUAUUAUUACUAAUAAUGGAGAUAGUGACUUUAGUUUUAUUCCUUCCCUUCUGAACACUUACCCCUCUGAGGAAGAUUAAGAUUGCUUCUUCUUACAUUCUUUACUUUUCCUAUUUACCCCAUUACUCCCUUUCCCUUCUCUCUCACCAGCCAUGACUUGUCCAUUGCAGAGGCUGCGUAAGGAUUGAGGAAGUGGGCAAGAAAGAUGAAGACAGUUUUAAAUUCAUUAUGGCUGUACUGCUAUCUUCACUGUUUCGUUUUCAUGCAUUUUUUGUUGAAAGGGUAUCGAUAUGACAUAGGGGUUGAAGCUUUCAAGAGUGUUGGAUCUUCCUCCAGAAUACUUGAUCAAGUCAAUAUCUGCAGUUCCAAUUUCCAGAAAAGAAGAAGUAGCUGACUUUCAGCUUUCUGUGGAUUCUCUAUUGGAAAACAACAAUGACCAUUCAAGACCAGAUAUUCAACUUCAAACCGUGAGACUGGCAGAGAAGCUAAAAUGUGACACAGUGGUGAGUGAAAUCAGCACUGGUCCAGGGACUGUAAAUUUCAAAAUAAACAGAGAACUAUUAACAAAGACAGUACUACAAGAAGUGAUUGAAGAUGGCUCAAAAUAUGGAUUAAAAAGUGAACUUUUUUCUGGCCUUCCCCAGAAGAAGAUCGUGGUUGAGUUCAGUUCACCUAAUGUUGCCAAAAAAUUUCAUGUUGGACAUUUGCGUUCUACCAUCAUAGGAAAUUUUAUAGCAAAUCUCAAAGAAGCUUUAGGACAUCAAGUAACAAGAAUAAAUUAUCUUGGGGAUUGGGGCAUGCAGUUUGGUCUUUUGGGAACUGGCUUCCAGCUGUUUGGCUAUGAAGAAAAACUCCAGUCCAAUCCUUUACAGCAUCUUUUUGAAGUUUAUGUACAAGUUAAUAAAGAAGCAGCAGACGAUAAAAAUGUAGCAAAAUCAGCACAUGAGUUCUUCCAGCGAUUGGAACUGGGCGACACGCAAGCACUUGCACUCUGGCAGAAAUUUCGGGACUUGAGCAUAGAAGAGUACAUUCGGAUUUACAAGCGUCUAGGAGUACACUUUGAUGAAUAUUCAGGAGAAUCAUUUUAUCGUGAAAAAUCUCAAGAAGUCUUAAAGUUGCUGGACAGUAAAGGACUUCUACAGAAAACAAUAAAAGGCACAGCUGUAGUGGAUCUGUCAGGAAGUGGUGACCCCUCCUCGAUUUGUACUGUAAUGCGAAGCGAUGGGACGUCUCUCUAUGCAACCAGAGAUCUUGCAGCUGCUAUAGAUCGAAUGGACAAGUAUAAUUUUGAUAAAAUGAUUUAUGUGACAGAUAAAGGGCAAAAAAAGCAUUUUCAGCAGGUGUUCCAAAUGCUGCAGAUCAUGGGAUAUGACUGGGCAGAAAGGUGCCAGCACGUGCCCUUUGGGGUAGUGCAGGGAAUGAAGACUCGAAGAGGAGAUGUUACUUUUCUGGAAGAUGUUCUAAAUGAGAUUCGAUUGAGGAUGCUACAGAACAUGGCUUCUGUUAAGACCACCAGAGAGCUGGAGAACCCCCAGGAGACAGCAGAGAGGGUGGGGCUCGCAGCCCUCAUCAUUCAGGACUUCAGAGGUUUCCUGUUAUCUGACUAUCAGUUCAGCUGGGAUCGUGUUUUCCAGAGUCGCGGGGACACGGGGGUCUUCCUGCAGUACACACACGCCCGCCUCCACAGUUUGGAAGAGACUUUUGGAUGUGGUUAUCUAAAUGAUUUCAACACUGCUUGCUUACAAGAGCCACAGUCUGUUUCCAUUCUCCAGCAUCUUCUCAGGUUCGAUGAGGUGCUUUAUAGGUCAGCCCAAGACCUUCAACCCAGGCAUAUUGUCAGUUACCUUCUAACUCUAAGUCAUCUUGCAGCGGUGGCACACAAAACACUACACAUAAAAAACAGCCCUCCUGAAGUGGCCGGGGCCAGACUUCAUCUUUUCAGAGCUGUCCGCUCAGUCCUAGCCAACGGAAUGACACUUCUUGGAAUAACACCUGUAUGUAGGAUGUAAUUUCUAAUUAAAAUUGCUUUUAAAAUACUAAAUGAAUUCUAGUUAUCUAUUCUUACAUGCCUUGCUAUUUAGAAUAGAACUGAAACUAUUAUUCUAUGUCAGAAUCUAUAUUUUAUUGUCCAUAUUUUAUUAAGUGAUUUAUCAACUUAUUAAAUCUUUAUCUUUUAAAAAAAUCAUCUGAGUUUCCUCAUGGUCAAUAAGUACUAAAUGGACUUUUGUUAAACUAAGUUAAAUCUUUUUAUUUAUUUAUUUUUUUGGGGUACACGGGCCUCUCACUGUUGUGGCCUCUCCCAUUUCGGAGUACAGGCUCCAGACGCGCA